UCUCCCUUACCUAAACCCUAUAUAUGCUUCACUCCCAUCUUCCACCACACAACAUACACACUACACAAAAUCAACCCUCUUUUUUCUAUUCCUUUUUAACGUUAGUCUAUGGGGAACGCUGCUUCUUCUUCUUGUAUCUCUAACGGUGUAAGUAUUGGGAACAUUUUGAAGAGAAAAAAACCUACGAAAACUGCAGUUCUGUUAGAGAGUGGUGGAAACACUCGGGAGAUCAAGCUACCAGUGAAAUCGGGGGAGCUAAUGAUAGAAGAAUUCGGCCACGUCGUCACUCCGUUGGACGAACUCCGUAGAACGGGACGGGUUUCUGCUUUGUUGCCCGAAGAGGAGCUCGUAGCGGGGAAGGUUUACCUGCUGUUGCCGGUUAGUAGGGUCCAUUCCAAGGCUUCAAAGUUUGAGAUGGCCAUUGCAGAGGCACAGAGUAGCCACAAAAAGAGGACAAGGGGAACCAACAAGGCUAAGGUUUCACCCUCACUCGUUUCGAGGUCAACUGAAAGGGAUGCGGAAAACGAGGUUACCGUUUCACCUGCGUGUCCGAGGUUGGGGAAUCAAGUACGAUGGAAUCCUGUUUUGGAUACUAUCUUCGAAUAAUCAAUUUGGCCAGCAAUUUUCUUCAAAUUUUGUCUUCCACACACACUUGUGUUCGGUGUAUUGUUUUUCCAUUUUUUUUCUUUUAUAACUUUACACUGACAUGGGUAGUUUGUACCACUGAACCAACGCUCAAUGAUGCCAAGUUCAUAAUUAAAACGUGGAGCAAUGCUGACAAGGCUUUUUGUUCAAAUUAAUUAAAAUUUAUAACUGUUGGAUUUCAUCUACAAAUAGUGUUACAAAAACUCCUCUUGCAAAAAGAAAAGUCUCCACUUGGUUAUACUGGAACCGAAUACUAGUAUUGGAUUAGAGUGUGGAGAUCCAGUCCGGAAAUCACUUUAGUGGCCCAAAGUUUUAAGGCUUAAAGCCCAUAUAUAUAUAUAUAAGCCCUAUUCCAAUCAGAAAAGGUUGAGGGUUUUUUUCAUAUGAGAUAUGUUUCAAAACAUGAUUUUUUGAAUAAAAUUUUCUGAACAAGUUUUUCUAUACAUAAAAUUGUGUUUUGGAACAAAAAUUUUCUCUUUUCUUCCUCUCAAGGGAUACAGUGACA